GCUGAAUUGUGUAUAGAUUAUUUAAACGAUCUUCAAACUUUCGACUUGUCGUGAGGCUAUUAUUUUGAAAUUUGUGACCGGAUGUUGGCCAUGUAUUUUUGCUAACUAAAUGGUCGCUCAAACUACACUAGAUAUAUCACUUUGUUUGGUAGCGAGUUGAAUUAAUUUGUGGGGGAUAUGGGGAGAUAUAAAUGUGCCUACAACUGCGAAAACUCCAGCGACCCCGAUGGGAAGUUUUUUAAGUUUCCACUGUACAAUCCUCGAAGACUCAAGAAAUGGCUUGCAAACAUGAAAUGGAAAGACUGGACGCCAACCCGCUUCUCAGUGCUGUGCAGCAGUCAUUUUGAGGAACAGUACAUUGACAGAACAGGCAAAUGUGUGAAACUUCGGGACGAUGCUGUUCCCACCAUAUUUUUAACCUCUGCCGACACACAGAAAGGAAAGGUUUCUGUAAACCCCAGAAGUAAAAGGAACAAGCCACCUGGUGCUAAAGCCUCACAGAAGAGUCCAGCACCGUCUCCAGUGACCACUCCUGCUACAUCGAAGCAAAGCGUCCAGAACAAAGAGCCCAGCCAGACAGAAGAGCCUGCUGGAGACAAAGACCCAACAAAUCCUGACAGAUGGAGGAUUAUAGUAGAUGAAGGUCUGAUGAAGAUUGACUCAUUCCCACAUUUCUUCCAUGGAGACUACUGUGUACCACAGGAUAUUCAGUGGGCUCCAGAUGAUAAUGUCAGUCGAGAAAGUGAAGAUCCUGAAAAAGUAAUUGAGGUGAAAGAGCCGUGGGAGUGGCUUGGUCUGGAUAUCAGAGGGCCGCUGCCCAAAACAUUGAAUGAACACAAAUACAUUUUGACUGUGACUGACUACUUCUCCAAGUGGGUUGAAGCUGUGCCCAUGCAGUCCUGCCUCCCUUCAGUUGUGGCGAAGCACAUCGUGGACAUCAUCGCCCAUUUUGGAUACCCCAUCAGGAUCCUCUCCAGACUCCCUCAUGACAUUGUCCAAAAAAUCAACAAAGAACUGAAAGAUCAGCUGAAGGUCACUGUCGCUCUGGUCAUCUAUCAUCAGCAGACAGGCACUGCGGAUCUGAUCACACAGCAGCUGAUUGACAGGAUGGUAGGUGAUCUAAUAACGGAGCAUGCAGGUGACUGGGAUGUCUACCUGCCUGCUAAAGUUUUCAGUCUGUGUUUCAAAGAACAUGCAAAGACUAAAGAGAGGCCUUUUUCAAUACUCUGCUGUAAGGGACUGGAGCCUGUCCAAUCCCCCAGAGGUCUGAAUUAUGAUUAUUCCCAGGUCCGAGAGAGUGCCUUUAUAGUUAGAUAGAGAUUUACUGUUUAUUUGGUCAAUUCACAUGGAGAGACAGACUUGACUUAGUAUAGUAUUUUUCACUCAUGGGAGCGCUUUGACUUUAUCGAGGAUCAUCAUGGAAAAGUCCUGGAAACCUGCUGUACUUCAUGGUCACAGUGGGGACGUAGUAACCCUGAUAGUUUGACAAUGAGGAGGACUUUGCUGACUGGACAGGAACGGCAGAUAAAACUGUAUAUUUCUACAGCAUCCUUUACUCUUCCAAUGUGUGCAGUUUGAUACCAGAGAGGAAGUCACGUUCAUAAGAAAUUGGUGUUCAUUUGUAUUCUGUCAAAUGUCCAAUCAGUUACUAAUUCUCCAAAGUGGCAUUUCAAGUCUAACUACUAAUCAGCUGUAGUCAAAACAGGCCCAAGCAUUUGAGUUGAGAAAUUUAAGGCUGCUGUUCCUGUUUGUUGUUAUCUUAUGUCAGUAAAAUGUAAAAGAUGCCAAUAAACAUACUUUUAUGUCACAUACAAAAACAUACAAAACUGUAUAUGUGUUUACAUGUCACUAUUUACAAAUUAAUGGUGAAAUAUAAUGCUUUAUGUCGGAAUCUGCAACAUAAAAGUCUUAUCUG